UUUUUCAGGCGUGGUAUCUGUAACAGGAGGUUCGUUAAUAUUUUUAUUUGAUAAUCUAGUUACCGAUACUGAUAUUAAUCUACAUUGGCUAGUUUAAGGGUUGCUUAUGGUUCAAUGGAGAUAAUAUUUAGAAUAUAGCAUAAUCCCUGAUGAUGGUAUGGAGCGCUUUUGAUUGAUUUUCGUUAAAAAAAAAAUCAAAGUAAUCACAACGGCCAGGUAGUGAUUCGUUUUAGUUUUGCAUCUGAUUGGUUGAGAUUGGCCCGAGUUUUUUUUUUUAUACCAAUCGACAGAGCAAAGUGAAGCACUGAACAAAGCACACCGGGGUAGUUUCGAUACUCAAUUGAAAAUUACUCCAAUAUCUGUGAAUUUCGAUUGUGGCCCAACUUUAUUUUUCCCCGCAAGGUACAAUGUAACAAGUGACAGUAAGUGUUUCUUCAACAUUGUUUCCAGUUAAGAUCCUAGAAGUACAAUCAUAGAUCCAUGGAUGGGCAUCCUAUAGUCAAACAGCCUAAGCCUUAAAAGCCUCAAUAUUUAGUCACUAAUAAGUUAAACACUCAUUUUUAUUCCUAAAAUAAGAUGAUAGGUGCCGCAAACAGAAUAUGGAUGUAGCGAUUUUCGGUGACAUAUCAAGGAGUAUGAGGAAGCAACACCGCAAACAGAUGAUCAGCUUUAUUGAAGGGUUACUUGACAAAACUCUUGUUUCCGCCGACGGAAAUCAUGUUGCUCUUGGCACAUUUGGAGAUUCUGCUGAUGUUGCUAUCAUGUUUAACGAAGAGGUAUUCCAAGAUACAAGCAAUCUGAAGGAGGCUGCAAAAGCAAUGUUCAUGGUUAGGCCAAAGUUAGUUGGAACUCGUACAGAUCUUGCUUUGGACCUGGCUAGCAAGAAAGUGUUUACAGCAGCUGGAGGGGACAGACCCGAAGCCAAGAACAUCUUACUUGUCGUAACUGAUGGAAAACCUUACAUCAGAAAGAAAGACAAGAAACCAUUUAUUCCUUUUGAAACGUCAACGAAAGCGUUGGAGGUAAUAAAGAGACGGAUUUAUACCGGGAAAAAAAUACUCAUUUUAUAGAGUUCUCUUGGAUGAUAUGGCCUUUCCGCUCAAAUAAAAAAAUAACAGUCUCGUAACUUCAUAUACUGUGAAUUUAUAAGAAGUCUUUUUCGGUCAAACGAGGUGUUUAAGUUUUUUUACCGUUCUGGUACGUUUGGUGGAGAAAAGAAAAAAUGUGAAUAUUUUUAGGUUAUCUUGUUUUUAUUUCCACAAUGAGAUCUCACGUAAAGUAUGUAUCAAACUAACUGACUGUCUACUUAACUGUGAGACUGCAUGUUUGUUUUGUAUUAGGCUGAAGGUGUUCUCGUCGUCGUUGUUGGGGUUGGUCCAGCUGUGGAAAAUGAAAAGGAGAAAAUGGAAGAGGUUGCUGGUGAAAAAGGCAUUGCUCUUUUGGUCCCGAGCUUUGACAUACUAAGCGAUCAUUUAGACGAGGUCUUAGAACUUUAUUGUGGUAAGUUCAGGUUGCAACACAUUAUAUCACUAGUAACCGAUAAUUUCAAUGUUGACGAUAAGAGAGCAUAAUAUGUAGAUACCAUAUCGUAAGAACCGAACUUAUGGCUUUAUAAACAUCAGUGGAUUCUAAUAAGUCCUAAUUUCAAAGUGUUGGUCUUCAAGAAUUCCUAGCUAUUUGGCGUAAAUGAAUACUUAUGGGGCUUCACCUCAUAGGCGCUAAACCCUACAUUAUUGUGUUCACGGCCGCUUAAACUGUUAGAUUUUAGCCCCCUCCAAUAAAAAACAAUUGACUUGACUUUGUUCAAAAUAGAGUUAUUAAUGAAAGGAACGUUUAACUGCACCAUCAAUUAGAUAUACAACCCACGAAUUCAUCACUAAUGGAGAACAAAACAACGAAUUCAGGACUUCUUUCCUUUAAGAAGACCUAAGUCAGACUGAAUUAGAAUUUUUUGGAAAACAACAGUUUUAUGCUGUAUCUCAGGCGCAGGAUCUUUUUUCUUUCAUUUGUUUUGUUUAUUUUUUCCAAUAUCACGAUCACAUUAAUAUUCACGGCUAAACGAUUUUUAUCCAAGAGACAGUUUCACUUCUAUCAAAUUUUCUUUCAAUAAUAAUAAGAACCUGUACCAAUCCCCUGCCAAGGUGUGCAGAUGAGUGAACAUUUUUUUUCUUUUUGGUGGUUUAGCAAUUGACGGCAAGUACACCGAGUGGAAGGAGUCUGACUGCAGUGUGACGUGUGGAGGAGGAGUAAUGACACUUACAAGAACCUGUACCAAUCCUCCGCCGUCUAAUGGUGGAAAGGACUGCAGUGAACUGGGACCGGCUGAAAAGACACUUGCAUGCAACGAACAAGAAUGCCGUAAGCUGAUAUAGCAAUUAAUUAAUGUCUUUAAGCGAUGGGUAUACUUUCUUCAAUGUACUUUGUGAUAAGAUCCAUCUUCAAUUACUUCAUAAUUUGCAUAAGUUGCGGAUUUGUAAGCAAUACUUUUUACACGAGGCGUGAUUGGGCGAUUGUUUUUCCCUUGUGAAUCAUGAUUUAAUUUUAUUUGAAUUUAUGAAUAGUGAUUAGAGAUGAUAAGAUCUUUUCAUGUCUGCUUGAACGAAAUUUUUUAAGUUAAACGUCACCCGCGAAUUAGAAGCUGAAUCAAACGUGAUUCGGGAACCAUUUUGUUUUGCACGAUAAAUUUCCGGCCUUUAUAUUGUUAUGAAAAUUUACGUAUUGUUCUCGAACGGCUCUGGUGAGCUUUUGACUCGGGAUGGACUUAAUACUCAUCAAAAAAAGUUCUAAAAAGGACCACUAAUAGUUCUUGAACAAAUAAGAUAAGACAUUACGUCAUUUUUUUGUCGCGUAAGACUGGUCGGCAAGAAUAGAAAAAAGCAAAGUAUUAAUUCAACGUGAAUAUCUUGAAUUUCGCGUGAACGUGACAGAGUUUUGAACAUUACUUGUAAUGUGUGAAAAGGCGAAAUAGUAUUUCGUGACUGAGUUUCUCAAAGGGGUAUAGGGGUGGAGGGUCCCAUAUUGGUUGGACGAAAAAGGUACACAAACUCCUCGGUUUGAGUCGCUGUUUUAGUCUCGAUUUCUGACUCCGAAUCUAUUGUUGAAUCGCAUUCAAAUUUAAUAUCUUUUACUUUCUGCCCUUGCUCAAUCAUUUUCUGUUUCAGUUAUCUUCUUCUCUUGCUUUCUGACGCUCGAGCUCUUUAUCGUUUGCGAGUUCCCUCAUUGCUCUUAGAACCCUAUCUCUGUAGUCUAGUUUGGCCGCUUAUCUCAAACUGGACAAGCGUUUUUUUCCUGAAGGACGUUUGUUGUGGCUAAGAUGUAGGUAUGAUGUCCAGCCGGGAUCCGUUCUUUUUAAAAUUGAAAAACAUUCUGUUUUAAUGGUUUAGCAAUUGAUGGCAAAUACACCGAAUGGAAGGAGUCUGAGUGCAGUGCGACUUGAUGACAACUACAUUAAGUGGACUUAAGUGGAGCACUUACUUAAGGACAAAGAGAUUUGAUUCUAAAACCAAGUUAUCAAUUCCAUGUUUAUGGCAGGUUGUGCAUAAGGGUGAAAAGUAUUUCUUUUCUAUGGUUUAGCAAUUGAUGGCGGAUACACCGAAUGGAAGGAGUCAGAGUGCAGUGCGACAUGUGGAGGAGGAGUAAUAACUAAAACAAGAACUUGUACCAAUCCUGCUCCACAACACGGUGGAAAGGACUGCAGUGAACUGGGACCAGCUGAAAUGACACUUUCCUGCAACGAGCAAGAAUGCCGUAAGCUGAUAUAGAAAUUUGUGUCUUUAAGCGACGAUUAUACUUUCUUUAAUGUACAUCACUAAAUGAUGUUUUAAUGGUUUAGCAAUUGAUGGCGGAUACACUGAAUGGGAGGAGUCUGAGUGCAGUGCGACAUGUGGAGGAGGAGUAAUAACUAAAACAAGAACUUGCACCAAUCCUGCUCCACAACACGGUGGAAAGGACUGUAGUGAACUGGGACCAGCUGAAAUGACACUUUCCUGCAACGAGCAAGAAUGCCGUAAGCUGAUAUAGAAAUUUGUGUCUUUAAGCGACGAUUAUGCUUUCUUUAAUGUACAUCACUAAAUGAUGUUUUAAUGGUUUAGCAAUUGAUGGCGGAUACACUGAAUGGGAGGAGUCUGAGUGCAGUGCGACAUGUGGAGGAGGAGUAAUAACUAAAACAAGAACUUGCACCAAUCCUGCUCCACAACACGGUGGAAAGGACUGCAGUGAACUGGGACCAGCUGAAAUAACACUUUCAUGCAACGAAGAAUCAUGCGGUGAGCACAAACAAUCAUUUUUCAACCACAUCCUUAAGCUCUUGAGAAGGCUAAGAGAAAGCGAUAGCAAAGUACAACGAAUAAAAGUGCUGAAAUAAGAUUUGCUGCCCUGGUUCUAGGCAAUGUAUGGUAACUGAAAAUUCACGUUACAGGUCAAUUAAAAACUUUUGAAGAGUUUUUUUUUCUUCACGGUUUAGCAAUUGAUGGCAACUACAGUGGACCUGUGAGCACUUAAUUAAGGACAAAUAGAUUUGAUUCUAAAACCAAGUUAUCAAUUCCAUUUUUAUGGCAGGUUGUGCAUAAGGGUGAAAAGUAUUUCUUUUUUAUGAUUUAGCAAUUGAUGGCGGAUACACCGAAUGGCAGGAGUCUGAGUGCAGUGCGACAUGUGGAGGAGGAGUAAUAACUAAAACAAGAACUUGUACCAAUCCUGCUCCACAACACGGUGGAAAGGACUGCAGUGAACUGGGACCAGCUGAAAUGACACUUUCCUGCAACGAACAACCUUGCCGUAAGUAUCUGUAGUGUGAAGUUAUCUGGAUGUUUUGCAGCGAUAGUUGUCAUCAGUACUGCACUCUGUUUUGAGGAACCUGAAGCAGUAAGAGCAUUUGUGUCUUUAGGCGACGAUUAUGCUUUCUUUAAUGUACAUCACUAAAGAUGUUUUUAUGGUUUAGCAAUUGAUGGCGGAUACACCGAAUGGGAGGAGUCUGAGUGCAGUGCGACAUGUGGAGGAGGAGUAAUAACUAAAACAAGAACUUGCACCAAUCCUGCUCCACAACACGGUGGAAAGGACUGCAGUGAACUGGGACCAGCUGAAAUGACACUUUCAUGUAACGAACAACUUUGCCGUAAGUAUCUGUAGUGUGAAGUUAUCUGGAUGUUUUGCAGCGAUAGUUGUCAUCAGUACUGCACUCUGUUUUGAGGAACCUGAAGCAGUAAGAGCAUUGAAGAAAAUUAUUAACAAACUGGGACACAGACUGCGUUAUAUGAUUGUUUACACAAGUGGAUCGCGAGACUGACGAUAAAUAUAAAAUACAUGGUUUUAACUUUUAAAUUGAUUGCUCGUUGCACCAGUCCUGCCUAGGCAUGCAUGUCCUAAUUCUUGUUUUUUCUACCCUGGAAACUUCAAAGCUCAUUUAAAAACAUAAAUUUUAUGCUUUAAUGAAUGCUGUGAAAAUUUAGUGAAAUUGGAACCAUGAAAUGAAUUUCUCAGUAAUCUAGUUCCUUGUUGCCGAAUAUAUAUAUUUUUAAACUUUUAUUACUAUAUUAGCCAUAACCCAUUAUUCUUAAUUAUUCAGGAGGUAUUAAAUGAACAACGUAAUGUCCUUUCUUUCAAAAUAUAAUGGGAUAUUUGUCUGAGAAAUGCGAGUUAUAGGGAAGGGAUGAUGUAGAAAGUCGGAAGCAAUGUAAAAGGCUUUUUAUUCUAAAAGUAUCGCGAAUUGUAUGGAGAAUACAGACAGACGAAUCGGUACAUUUUGCACUACCUUUAAACACUGUGUAUAAAGAUAAAUCGUCUCUUCUCGACACGUAAGAAAAUAUAACUAGACAAAAUUUUCUAUUGAACGGAAAUGGCCGGAGAAUCUUCGCCGAAGCCAUGAAAUCCAUAAUCAUAUACUGGGCCGUUAGUACACGCGGUCAUGCAUCAUGAACUCUUAAAAGGACUUAUGACAUUUACUCUGAUGACCUAUGUCCUAGCUCGAAAUUAUAAAGGGACACUGCGGAGGUUUGAAAACGAUAGCCUUUAGAUUUCAAAUUCACCAAGCUAUCUAAUGAAACGGAUUCCACAACACUUCUCACCUUUAGUCAAACUUCAAUGCGUGAAAACAUUUAGUUAAGAUAAAGACGUAACACAGAAAUAUUGGAAAAGAUCCCUUGAUAAGCCUCUCAUUUCAAUGAAGAAAUAAAAAUAUAUCGAUAUCGAAUAAUGGGUAACUAUCAUUGUCAGUACCUUAUAAGACUAGAAAUAAUGACUUGUAGCAAUGUUCUGAUGUUGCUCCAUGACUCAGAUAUCACUGCUGGCAUUUUACAUCUUUCUUCAAGUUGUUUCACUUUUUCAUCUCUACAGCUCCUCCGUGCACAGCUGGACUUGACGUUGUAAUCGUUCUCGACAAAUCCCAGAGUGUUAAAUUAGGUAAUCUGGCAAAGGUUAUCACCUUCUUGGGUAAACUGGUUGAAAGCUUCCACCCUGCUCCUGACGCAGAUCACUUCGGCCUUAUUACCUUUAACAAAAAGGCACAACUGUCUUUCACACUUGGCAACUCACAAUAUCACGAUAAGGACGCCCUAUUACAGAAAAUAGCCGAAGAACCAAUGGUCCUACAGUAUCAAACUCGCACCGAUAUGGCUCUCCUUAUGGCGAGGGACGAGAUGUUUACUGAGGCAGGAGGAGACAGACCAGACAAACCAAAUAUCAUGAUUGUACUCACAGAUGGAAAGCCAACUAAUCCAAACGAAGACUUUGACUUCAAGGCAUUUUCUAAAGAGAUAUCGAAAGAUUUCAAGGUGAGUAUAAAAUAGUUACAUCGAGGCUUGAUAGAUGCGAACAUAGGGUUAAGACAAAUAAAAAUGUAAACCUAAUGAGUGGAAUUUUUCAAUUCUUUUGAACUGAAAGCCAGGACAUUGACUUCAAAGCAUUUCUGAAGAAAUGAAUAAAAAUUUCAAGUUAGAUAUGAAGUAGUUAAAAAAAAGUUUUAACAGCGACAGCUGCUGUUUCAACGAGUCAUUUCACUAAGAACUAGAGCCCUAGUUGGGUUCCCUGUGUUGUGUUCGUGGUAAUUUGUUGAGAUGAAUUGGCAUUUUAUCCUGCCCGCUUUAGGUUGCAACAACCUGGAGAAGUUCUAGCAGUAAUGGACCCUUAAAACUAACUUAAUCCUUCUCCAAUCAAAAGUGACUCAUGUGUCAGAGAUUCUCUUCUUACAGGAAAAGAAAGUCAACAUUGUAGCAGUGGGUAUCGGUCCGGGAGUGGAGGAAGCCACUUUGCACGAUAUCGCUGGCGCUGGUCCUGUGGUUCAGGUGGAGGCGUUCGAUAAACUUGAUGAAAUGAUGAAAAAAAUCAAGGCAUCAGCAUGUUCG